GUUGACUCUAUCCCGUCCAUUUAUUCCGUGGGACUGCGCCAUCCCUACCCACGACAAUUGACUCUCAUGUUUUUAUCGCCCAAUUCGCCCACCCAUCCCAACCUCUCCCUUAAUGUGCUGGGACAUUGUUCUGAAUUGUGCACUGAAUGCUAAGUCCCGCGUUCGGUCUUCCCAGUCGCCUCAUGAACCUCCCCGACCGGCGUCGGGCAAUCAUCCUUCCAAAGGUAGAGGAGUUGUAUCUGCAGGACGCCCCCCUCCACCUUGUAUCCGUGCUUUCUCAUCUGGAGCCUGCUGCCUGGCAGCUCAUUGUCAUGCACGCGCGACAGGAGCGAAAGACCUCUGUGAUGACGCCUUGCCUCGGUUGUCCCGAACGCUCACUGAAUCUGCGCAUCGCCCAUCUAUCCUUUCACAUUCGGACGAAUUAUUCUUCAGGGUCGACAGCAGGAGUAGUAUCUGCGCCAAAGCCUUCCUGAACCACGAGAUGGAAUUUUCCCUUUCUGUUAAUAGCAUUCCUGGUGCCUUCCGAUCGGCCUGGUUGUUUACGUUCUGCGCGAAGUCAGGUCCCUGUUCAUAGCGACAUGCACGGACUUCGCUCUCACAACGGGCUUCCGUCCUAUGCACGAAGAGACUAGCUUGAACUCUGCAAAGCAUAUCCUUCGAUGGAAAUCCCCGAGUUGAUUGGUUGUGGACU